AUGAAAACGGGGCCUGGGAACGGAAGAGAGCAAAGCGGUGAACGUAGGGGAAGGCAUCGACUGCUGGCCAGGGACGGGGAGCAGCAGGGAGAGCCUCCGUUGGGGAAGAGAGGGGCAGCUCCGCUCGGCCAGAAUGCCAACCCGCUCUCGGUUCCCCGUUCAGGGAUCCUCUCCGUCCUGAAAGAGGAUGUUGGCAACGCCGCGCUCGCCGGGAGCGCCUCGGCCCCGCUCUCCGACUGGCGCCGGCCGUUUCGGCCAGGUAGAGAACGGGGCUCCUUUGGCCACGGCCCGCCUCGCCGACCCAGCUUUGGAGAGCGAGCAGCCUCGCUCCGCUGGGCCAACUUGGCAAAGGAGCGCCCGAGCCGCCGUCGGCGGAGCCAAGGAAGCGGCAGCCCCCGGGAAGCCAGGCCCGUUUGCCCGGCAGGGCAGCGGCGCCUCGGAGCCCGCCGCUGCCCGCCUCACCUGCCGCCGGCCCCGCCCUCCCAGUCCCCUUGCCUCUUUGCAGUAGUCCUCAUUGGGGACUCGGGCGUUGGGAAGAGCAACCUGCUUUCGCGCUUCACCCGGAAUGAGUUCAACUUGGAAAGCAAGAGCACCAUUGGGGUGGAAUUUGCCACACGCAGCAUCCAGGUGGACGGCAAGACUGUGAAGGCUCAGAUCUGGGACACGGCUGGGCAGGAGCGCUACCGGGCCAUCACUUCUGCCUACUACCGAGGGGCGGUCGGUGCCCUUCUGGUUUAUGACAUCGCCAAGUACCUGACCUAUGAAAACGCAGAGCGCUGGCUGAAGGAGCUGCAGGACCACGCAGACGCCAACAUCGUCAUCAUGCUUGUGGGCAACAAGAGCGACCUGCGACACCUGCGGGCUGUGCCCACGGACGAGGCCAAGAGCUUUGCAGAAAAGAAUGGCUUGUCUUUCAUUGAGACGUCGGCUCUGGAUUCCACCAACGUGGAGACAGCCUUUCACAACAUCCUGGCAGAAAUCUACCGGAUCGUAUCCCAGCGACAACUUGCAGGAGGGCAGCCUGAGACAGAGUUCAGCCACGGGACCACCAUCGAGCCCAUCAAAGUCUUGCCCACCCAACAGGAAGCGAGGCAGACCCCUUGUUGCCAGAACAUCUAACCUGGGGUGGGAAAGCGUCACAGAGGGGGGAGGGGCCAGCUCCUCCACCAGGCGCCCCGGUCUGCUCACUCUGCGUCCUGCACACCCACCGUUUCCCCAUCCUGCUUGAAGCUACCCCUUGGCUGCAGCUGAGCCCCCCACCCCCAACCCCCGGAGGCUGCCCAGCCCUGGAUUCUCCUGAGGGAGGGGCUGCUCCUCAGCAGCCUAGGAAGCCGCUGACCGAUUUGGGGGAGCGGGGGGGGGGGAGGAGGAAGCAUGAAGGAGGCUGCUGAACAGCCCCUGGAGGUUCUUGCGGAGUUUCCCAACUCUUUGCCCCUCUGGAGGGUAGGCAGCAGCCCCCCUGGCCUUGAAAGAACUGGAGGGAGAGCCCCGGACCCCUUGGCCCCCGGAGGGUCUCCGCUCUUAUGGCCUCAGGCGGGAUGCAUCUUUAAAACAGGCCCCUUUCCCCCACAUGACCCCAAGUCCUUUGGGUGACUUUAAAAGUCCCUGGGGCUCCCAGGGGACCGAUUCCGAACCUUGCAGGUGGCUUUAGCGACCGGCCUGGCCUGCACCUCUGGCCUCAGCUCGACUCUCCCCUGAGUCUGUAAGGAGAGGGACUUCCCUGGUGACUCCGUGUGUGUGUGUGUGUGUGUGUGUGUGUGUGUGUGUGUGUGUGCCUGUUGUAAAAAUGCAACUUGCUGGUCCAGCUUGACUUUGAACUGCUGGUGUUUAAGGUUGAGGAAGACCCCCUUGGCCUAGGAGUCUCCCAGGAGAUCAGGUCCUUGUUGUCGGUCGCUGACGUGGACUUGAGUCUCACUGUCGGACCCCCCCCCAACAACCUACCUCUCCUCCCUCUUUUCCAAACUCUGCUAGAAUUGGGCUCUUCUUACCUCUGUGUCUUACAACUAUUCUCUGAGGCAGUUCUGGAAAGGGAGUGUGGCUCUUCCGGAAUCCUUACGCAGUUUGUGUACCUGGACAGAGAGAGAUUCCUGUAGGGUCCAGCAGAGACCCCCGUUUGGAUGGCUGCCUUUGGAAAACCCACAAAGGGGGAUGAGCCCCAGAGGAUGUUCAUGGAUGUUCAUUCUCCCCACCAGAAUUUUACUGUAGUUUUGCUCCAGUUGUGUAAAUACUAAAACGUGGGGAUUUUAAUGUGUGCCAUGUGGUGGUCUGGAAUUUGUCAUCUUUCGGAUUUCGCGUUUUGAGUGUUUAAA